AGGAGCAGGUGGCGGGCUGGUGGCCUCUGCCGGCUGGCAGGACGGUGGUGGCUCAGCCUCUGGGUCCAGAGACCCAGCUUCCUCCUUUCCCGUCGGUGCGUGCCCCCGAUGCCUGCCAGACUUUUGCCUGUCCCAGGGCCCCCUCCUGACCAGCCUCCCACCCCAGACUGAUUGGGGAGUCGGGGGCUGAACUGUCUGGGGGCCCGCUACCAAUGCACUGCCGGCUCUUUCGGGGCCUGGCGGGAGCCCUCUUUACCCUCCUGUGCGUGGGGCUCCUGUCUCUUCGAUACCACUCAAGCUUGUCCCCGAGGACGAUACAGGGCGCGCUCAGGCUGAAUCAACCGAACCCGGGGCCCCUGGAGCUGCAGCUGGGCGACAUCUUCAUCGCAGUCAAGACUACCUGGGCCUUCCAUCGCUCCCGCCUGGACCUGCUACUAGACACGUGGGUCUCCAGGACCAGGCAACAGACAUUCAUCUUCACUGACAGCCCGGAUGAACGCCUCCAGGAGAGACUAGGCCUGCACCUUGUGGUCACCAACUGUUCCGCUGAGCACAGUCACCCUGCUCUGUCCUGCAAGAUGGCUGCAGAGUUCGAUGCCUUCUUGGUCAGUGGCCUCAGGUGGUUCUGCCACGUGGAUGAUGACAACUAUGUGAACCCCAAGGCUCUGCUGCAGCUGUUGAAAACAUUCCCGCAGGACCGUGAUGUCUAUGUGGGCAAGCCCAGCCUGAACCGGCCCAUCCACGCCUCUGAGCUGCAAUCAAAAAACCGCACGAAGCUGGUGCGGUUCUGGUUUGCCACAGGGGGUGCUGGUUUCUGCAUCAACCGCCAACUGGCUUUGAAGAUGGUGCCAUGGGCCAGCGGCUCCCACUUUGUGCACACUUCUGCUCUCAUCCGGCUCCCCGAUGACUGCACCGUGGGCUACAUCAUCGAGUGCAAGCUGGGGGGACACCUGCAGCCCAGCCCCCUCUUCCACUCACACCUGGAAACCCUCCAGCUGCUGGGGGCUGCCCAGCUUCCAGAGCAGGUCACCCUCAGCUACGGUGUCUUUGAGGGGAAACUGAACGUCAUCAAGCUACCAGGCCCUUUCUCCCAUGAGGAGGACCCCUCCAGAUUUCGCUCCCUCCAUUGUCUCCUCUACCCGGACACACCCUGGUGUCCGCUGCUGGCAGUGCCUUGAGCUCUGAAGUGCCGCAAAGGAUGAUGGAUGCUACUGCCUGACCACUCUCCCACCUCCCAAGCAGUCCUGAGGGCUCUCGGUCCAGUGCACACUGGCAGAUGGUCCCUGGCAGGGCCUCUGGGUGACAGGAAAGGCCAUGAUAUGGACACUGCUUGGUGGUGAGGGUGUCUCGGGCCCAGACACCUGGUCACACCACAGAAGCGGCAGGAACACUUGAGUUGGUGUGUGGGAGGGGACCGGGGUCCUCACCCUCCUGAGGGUGACAUGUGCCCUGCCUGGAGUCUGGCCUCUGGCUCUGGCUUCAGUCAUUUCUUAAGAGACUAGAGUCAUUGGGAUAAAACCAGGGUCUGUGACCUGUGGCUGUGGGACUGGUCUCAGCCACUCCUGGCGCUGCUUAGCUGGCCCAUGGACCUAGAUUUUAGAAGCCCAGAAGGUUCAGGUGCCAAUUGCAACUGACCUUUGGUCACUGUCCCAGCCUUCUCCGCGGUGAGGAGCUGCCUGCCGUAUGACCCAGUGGAACUGAGCAAAGCCAAUAGAGGGGUUUCUGGAGUACAUUCCCAGCCUAAGACCCCGUCUUUCUACUGUGAAUGUGGGUGUGAUGGCUGGAUCUGGGGAAGCUACUUUGGCACCAUGAAGAAAAGGCCAAGACAAUCUAAAGCUGUUCUCCCUAACACCUGAUUGUAAGAAAUUAAACCUUUAUUUAAGUCUC